UUUCUUGCGUGGUCGAGGGUGCAUGCAAUGAUGACCGUCCUGGGUCACGGCUUUAAGCGGGUGCACCUCCACCCUCAGACCCAGACAGUAAGUAAGCCCCGUUGCUCGAUUUGCCGUGAAGCUGCACCGCGACGUAAUAUCUUGGCUGCGCUUCCACUCGCCCGAGGUCGCUUGUUGGGAGGGGAAACAAGCGCAUUUUACAUGUGUUUAUAUUCUCCCGGUCUCACCACCACGAGCUCGUGCUGGGCCAAACAAGUCUUUUCACUCGCCGUUUUCUGUGCGCGCCAUCUGAUACGUGUCCAGUGCAUUCAAUUGGCCCCAAAGAUCCAGCCAUUCGCACUCAAUCCAGCCCUACGUUGGCCUUCUGCCGUCCAGCUCACAACGUUGAGCCCACACGUUGGGAGGCGGCCCGCUUGAUCAACGUGGGUGGGCAAGUCCGUGCUUUCCCUGUCGCAACGACUUUUGUCGCUUCUGGUAGGUGCAACGUCCAAGUUUUUGCGCCAUGCCGGACCCCCCGGUCGAUCCGAUUCGGCAACGAGCGGCGCCCGCACUGGGGACAGCGAUGCUUUUUUUUUAUGGCUGCGUUUUUUUGCAGCUUCCUGUCUUAUCCUCCAUUUCUUCCCGACAAACUUCCCUCGCUCACCACGAGACGAUCAGUGUCCUCCCGUUCUUGUUUGUCCCGUUCUGCAAUUCGAACUUGUCUUCUCACAUUGGACUUCUCUAGCUUGAGGACAUCCACCUUCCACAAUGGCGUCUGCUGUGCGCUUCAGCUCCGCUGCCCUCAGGGCCUCGAUUAGGGUCUCCUUCGCCCAGAGGACUGCUUUCACCGGCCUGCGAUGCUACUCGGCCAAGACACAGACCCUGAAGGAGCGCUUUGCCGAGCUGCUGCCUGAGAAGAUCGAGCAGAUCAAGGCUCUGCGCAAGGAGCAUGGUUCCAAGGUUGUCGACAAGGUCACCCUCGACCAGGUUUACGGUGGUGCCCGCGGUAUCAAGGCCCUGGUCUGGGAGGGCUCGGUCCUUGACUCCGAGGAGGGUAUCCGCUUCCGCGGCAAGACGAUUCCCGAGUGCCAGGAGCUUCUUCCCAAGGCUCCCGGCGGCAAGGAGCCUCUUCCUGAGGGUCUCUUCUGGCUCCUGCUGACCGGCGAGGUUCCCAGCGAGGCUCAGGUCCGCGCCCUGUCCGCUGAGUGGGCCGCUCGGUCCGACAUCCCCAAGUUCGUCGAGGAGCUGAUCGACCGCUGCCCGACCGACCUUCACCCCAUGGCCCAGUUCUCGCUGGCCGUCACUGCUCUGGAGCACACGUCGUCGUUCGCCAAGGCGUACGCCAAGGGCAUCAACAAGAAGGAGUACUGGGGCUACACCUUUGAGGACUCGAUGGACCUGAUCGCCAAGCUGCCCACCAUCGCUGCGCGCAUCUACCAGAACAUCUACGGCAGCGGCAAGGUCGCUCCCGUCCAGAAGGACAAGGACUACUCGUUCAACUUUGCCAACCAGCUCGGCUUCGGCAGCAACGAGGACUUCAUCGAGCUGAUGCGCCUGUACCUGACCAUCCACACUGACCACGAGGGUGGUAACGUCAGCGCCCACACCACGCACCUGGUCGGCUCUGCCCUGAGCUCGCCUUUCCUGUCGCUCGCUGCCGGUCUAAACGGUCUGGCCGGCCCCCUGCACGGCCUGGCCAACCAGGAGGUUCUCAACUGGCUGACCGAGAUGAAGAAGGUGGUUGGCAACGACCUGAGCGACGAGUCCAUCACCAAGUACCUCUGGGACACCCUGAACUCGGGCCGUGUCGUUCCCGGCUACGGCCACGCCGUCCUCCGCAAGACGGACCCUCGCUACACGGCCCAGCGCGUCUUUGCCCAGGCCAAGAUGCCCGAGGACCCCAUGUUCAAGCUGGUCAGCCAGGUCUACAAGAUCGCCCCCAAGGUCCUCACGGAGCACGGCAAGACCAAGAACCCCUACCCCAACGUCGAUGCCCACUCUGGUGUCCUGCUGCAGUACUACGGCCUGACCCAGGCCAACUACUACACGGUCCUGUUCGGCGUGUCCCGCGCCAUCGGUGUCCUUCCCCAGCUGAUCAUCGACCGCGCCGUCGGUGCCCCGAUCGAGAGGCCCAAGUCCUUCUCGACCGAGAAGUGGAUCGAGAUCGCCAAGAAGGCCUAAGCGCCUUCUUGGUGAGGGUCUGGGAGACGGUGAUUGUGUAUUUUAGACAUGCCAGCUUAAUGGUUUUAUCUUUCUGACGGAAAAGGUGGAAUCGGGCGCUGGUGAGGCGAAAAAGGGAUGAAUGGAUGCUAUGAAAGCUGUAAAGGGUUGUGUGGAUUUCUAGACCUUUCGCGCGAUACCAUUACGCCUUGUACAAUAUUCAUCGAUUUUUCUUUCUUUUUCUUUUUGCGUCCUUGUUUUCUUGAAACUGCUAUACCAAUGCGUUGAGAAGCCACUCCUCUUCAUUUUUUAUCCAUCACUUC